CCCCUCUUUCUUUUUCUCAUCGAAUUUCUUUGAUCUACACGUUUUGUAAAGUAAAUUGAAUAUUUUUAAUUAAUUAAAGUGGUUUCUAAUGCAAUUUAAUGAUUUGUUUAAAUGUAGACUAAGGUGCAACAUACUUGUGCACUUAAAACAGCCUCAAAAGUGCUGUAAAAGUGAUUAAAUUAACAGAAAAUUGCACAAAACCAUAAAAUAUUUUCGCUUUGAAAUAUUUUUCUUGAAUUUCAAUUAAUUCGUGCCUUAUCAUUUUAGGAAAUUCAUACAUCAAGAUGAAGUUCAAUAGAAAUGUCACGUCUUCACGUCGCAAGAAUCGUAAACGACAUUUUUCAGCUCCAUCACAUAUUCGUCGCAAGAUUAUGUCUUCACCUUUAAGCAAGGAACUGAGACAGAAAUACAAUGUUCGUUCAAUGCCUAUCCGAAAGGACGAUGAAGUUCAAGUUGUUCGUGGACACUACAAAGGAAACCAAGUUGGCAAAGUAGUCCAAGUGUACAGAAAGAAAUUUGUAGUGUACAUUGAAAGAAUACAGCGCGAAAAAGCUAAUGGAACCAAUGUUUAUGUCGGCAUUCAUCCAUCAAAGUUGUUAAUUGUGAAGCUUAAGAUCGACAAGGAUCGCAAGAGAAUCUUGGAUCGUAGAGCUAAGGGACGAUUGGCUGCUCUUGGAAAGGAUAAGGGUAAAUACACAGAAGAAACUGCCGCUAGCGCAAUGGAAACAACAUCUUAAAUAUCCAAUUUCUAACAAUAAACAAUUUUAUUGUAUUUUAAGUAAAUGAGAAAUCCAGUCAGAAUGUAAAAUUCUGAUCAAUAAAAUUGAAUUAAAAGAUCCAGUUCAAAUACUUUAUAUGAAAAUAUGAAUAA